UAUUAAUUUCGCGCAAUCCGGGAGGAUUCGCCACGAAACUAACAAAACAAAACCAAAAAAAAAGAAAAAAGAAGAGCAAAACUCACAGCCGCCAGAUUCAUCAAUCCCUCGUUCAUCCUCCUCCGGCCGCCCGAUUCACCGAAAUCGAUCGUGGUUCGGAGCCAAGCGUGGACUGGGUGUGGAUGGUUCUGCUUGCAAUUUGUUGGUGAUUGAGCUGUAGAACUCUGAGCAAUCAAGGAUUUACCUUUUGGAUGUCGGAUAUGGAUUUGGUAUCCAGUUCCAAGGACAAAUUGAUGUAUUUCAGAAUAAAGGAGCUCAAGGAUGUACUCUCUCAACUAGGCCUUCCGAAGCAGGGAAAGAAGCAGGACCUUGUAGAUCGAAUAGUAGCCAUUCUUUCUGAUGAACAAGUUCCUGGUAUGUGGGCAAAGAAAUACGCCGUUGGGAAGGAAGAUUUAGCAAAACUAGUAGAUGACACUUACAGAAAAAUGCAGGUUUCUGGGGCUACUGAAUUAGCAUCUAAAGGACCGGGUGUGUCAGGCAGCUGUAAUACAGGUGUCAAGGUUGAAAUUGACGAUUCUCAUGAAGUUGAUAAGAUCCGUUGUCCUUGUGGAAGUUCAUUGCAAACUGAUUCAAUGAUCAAGUGCGAGGAUCAGAAGUGCCAUGUGUGGCAGCAUGUUGGUUGUGUUAUUAUUCCUGAGAAACCUACAGAUGGUGUUCUACCAGCUCCUCCUGAGAUUUUCUUUUGUGAAAUCUGUAGACUCCGUCGGGCAGAUCCCUUUUGGACAACGGUGACUCAUCCUUUGUAUCCUGUUAAAUUAACCACCACAAAUGUUCCAACGGAUGGUACAAACCCAGUGCAAAGCGUUGAGAAAACAUUCCAACUUUCAAGAGUGGACAAGGAAUUGUUGGCGAAACAAGAGUAUGAUGUUCAGGCGUGGUGUAUGCUUCUCAACGACAAGGUUUCAUUUAGGAUGCAGUGGCCGCAGUUUGCAGACCUACAGGUCAAUGGUAUUCCAGUGCGGGCAAUUAAUAGACCUGGCUCGCAAAUGCUGGGGGCUAAUGGUCGUGAUGAUGGCCCUGUUAUAACACCAUGCACCAGCGAAGGAAUUAACAAAAUUUCCUUAACAGGAUGUGAUUCUCGAGUGUUUUGUUUGGGCGUGAGACUUGUAAAGCGGCGUACCGUCCAGCAGAUUCUCAACUUGAUUCCCAAGGAGUCAGAUGGUGAGGUCUUUGAAGAUGCUCUUGCUCGUGUUCGCCGUUGUGUUGGUGGUGGAACUCCAACUGAAAAUGCAGAUAGUGACAGUGAUCUAGAAAUUGUUGCCGAUUCUAUUCCUGUCAAAUUACGUUGUCCUAUGAGUGGCUUGAGAAUGAAGGUUGCUGGAAGAUUCAAGCCUUGUCUUCACAUGGGCUGUUUUGAUCUUGAAGUUUUUGUUGAAAUGAACCAACGGUCUAGGAAGUGGCAAUGCCCUGUCUGCCUCAAGAAUUACGCUCUGGAGAAUAUCAUCAUCGACCCAUAUUUCAAUCGCAUCACUUCUAAGAUGCGGCAUUGUGAGGAAGAUGUAACAGAGAUUGAGGUGAAGCCUGAUGGAUCUUGGCGUGCAAAGGCAGACAGCGAUCGAAGGGAUUUAGGAGAUAUUGGGCAGUGGCACCUCCCUGAUGGUACUCUUUAUGUCCCCGACGAUGUAGAAGCUUCACGUAAAUCUGAAGCUCUUAAGCAAAUCAAACAAGAAGGUGUCUCUGAAGGUCAUUAUUCCCCUUUAAAAAUUGGGAUCAAGAAGAACCAGAAAGGUUUAUGGGAAGUAAGUAAACAUGAAGACAUUCAUGCAGUUUCUUCUGGUAAUGGGCGAGAAAAAUGUCAAAACCAUGGUCAGAAUGUAGUCCCAAUGAGCAGUAGUGCAACUGGAAGCGAAGAUCUUAGUGUCAAUCAGGAUGGUGGUGUAAAUUUUGAUUUUCCUGCCAAUAAUGGGAUUGAACUUGACCAUGCAUGUGGAUUUACCAGCCAUAAUUCUGCAUUGUUAGGUGAUGCAGAAGUCAUUGUUCUCAGUGAUUCAGAAGAAGAGAAUGAUAACAUGAUUUCUUCUGGAACUUUAUACAAGAACAAUCAAACUGAUGCUGGUGGUUCCACCUUUUCAGUUCCCCCGCAUGGAAUUGCUGAUUCGUAUCCUGAAUAUCCUUCUACUGUUGUUAGUUCAUGCCUGGAUCUGUUCAAUGCUAACGACGAUGAAUUUGGGAUGUCCAUGUGGUCUUUACCUCCUGAUAGUCAGGCGGGCCCCGGUUUCCAGUUAUUUGGUUCAGAUGCAGAUGUGUCAGAUGCCUUGGUUGAUUUGCAGCAUAGUUCUAUUAACUGUCCGACAUCGAUGAAUGGCUAUGCAGGGACUGCUAUGAGAUCUGCUGCUUUUGUCCCAGAGUCUUCUAGUGGUCAUUCCAAUGCUGACGUAAAUGAUUGUUUGGUUGAUAAUCCUUUGGCGUUUGGUGAUGAUCCCUCUCUUCAGAUAUUUCUUCCUACAAGGCCUUCCGAUGCAUCUAUGCAGCCUAAUUUGAGGGAUCAACCUGACGUGUCAAACUGCACCCGCACUGAUGAUUGGAUAUCUCUGAGACUUGGGGGUGGUGCAAUUAGUGGUCAUGGUGAAGCUGAGGCUGCAAAUGGACUAAAUUCUCAGUGCGUGCAAGCCAAGGAAGGGGCAAAGAAUCCAAUGGCAGAAACUGCUUCUUUGCUUCUUGGUACGAAUGACAACAGAUCUGGUAAGAGAAGUAGGGAAAUAUAUGAUAGCGUCCCUUUCUCGUUUCCUCGCCAAAAACGCUCUGUAAGACCGCGUAUCCUUUCUAUUGACUCAGACACCGACUAGAAUAGUUGGCCCUUUCCAACCAGAGCUACUGGUGCUAUAACAGACAAAACCUGUUUGGAAACCUACUGGAACUCUACUGGCUUGAAGAAUUCAAUUAUUGGCAUGAUUUGGCGAUCUGUCCCAUCUUACUUCAAAGUGGAUUUGUAUUUUUGAAUCAAAGAAACAUUGAGAAACAUUUUGCCCCCUUAAGUUGUAGCCACAGCACAUAGAUAGGAAAAUAUAUUGCAAGAAAGUGAAGUGUGCCAGCAUUGCAGAAACAUUUUUCUACUGGUGAGCUGUAAAUUCUGUUUUAUUUCUCGGGUUUUAGCACCUUUUUCCACUCCGUUUUUAAUCCUAAAUUCUUCAUCUCAUGACAGGGCUGGUAUAAAGUUAUUUUCUCGCAAUCUUUCUCGUCAGACUCACAGGUAGGAAGGAUCCUUGCUGGAUACUGUAGAAUAGAAAUUUUAGUGCAAAGAUUGGGAAACUCGUCUAUAGGUGUACUUCCUUUUGAAUGGAAUGGGAGGGUUCCCCAAAAGCAGAACAGACUUACCCUUUUUGUCUCUGAUUUUGAAGAGAAAUCAGCCUGUAAUUGUUUUCACUCCUACUGGACUGAGUAAUUUAUAGAAAUGCAGGAGGACUUGCAUGAA